AUGCUGAAGGGCCCAGAGAGCCUUCAGGGCUGGGGGAACUCCGGUUCAAGCAGCCUUUACCACGGCACAAGCCUUGGCCGGUGCGGGUGGGGCUCUGCUUUAGGAGGUGCUCUAAUCAAAAGUUCCCAGGCCCUGGGCUCCACCCCUGGUGGGCCGGUGACACCUUCUCUGCAUGUGUCUUUCUGUAUCAUCCACCUGCCCAAGGGAGAGGAGGCCGCUGUGAAGGACCGAGGGGUCCCGCAGCAAGGGCACUCCCUGUAUGAGUGGGCUUCUGCGGCCUCGCUCCCUCCCAGGCUGGCCCUGUCGCCUCUGCUGAGGAGCGGCUGCGACGCGAGCGGCGGCUCCCUCCGGCUGCAGGACGCCUCUCGCCGCCGGAAAGGGGCUCGUGCAAAACUGACUCUUCCUUAUUUGUUUCCAUCCAUAAUUGAUGGCCCGAGAACAAAGCACGGAAAGUUGCGGGGGAGAGUGGCCCGGAGGAGAAACCCGGGCGCCGGGAGGGAGGUGGGGGCGGGCGGGGGGCAGCUCCCGGCCCCGGGGCCCGCCCGCGGCGCGCUCGGCCGGCAGGGGGAGAGGAAGGGUGGGAAGUGGCCGCCCUCCGGGCCGGGGCCGGGGCCAAAGCCGGGGACGGGGUGGCCAGCCUCCGCGCCCCCUCCCUUCGCCGCCGGCGCUUCCCGGGGCCACCCGACCGGGGGCGCGCUGACGGGCAGCCGGCGUCGGCGCUGCGCCCCGUGUGCUGGCGCGGGCGAGGGCUCGCCGGGCCGCCUCCAGCCGGGCCCCGCGCUGCCUGACCCCGACGGUCCCGCGGCGGCUCCGGGCCCGGCAGGCGGAAGGGGGUGGCCUUGGCUCGCGCCUCGCGCUGGCUGGAGACGCCGUGCCGGUACCGAAGCUGCCCGGGUUGCCCUGAUAACGCGCGGGGGAGCGCGGAGCUGGCGCUGCCUGGCAAGAAACUUUUGCUUGCUUCGCCUUUCCCCCCCGAGGUCUUGGCUUCCUCGAUAUAAUCCUGAAACUCGUCACCACCAGUCCUCGCAGCAGCGGCAGCGGGACGGCGCGGGAGCAAAACAAAUCUAGGGAGCAAGCCCCGCUGCAGGCAGAGGGCCCUGUGCACUGAAAGAAGAUGCAAAGGGGUGCCCUGCAGCUUGAGGAGAAUCAAAUUGCCACCCACCUGGAGGCACGAAGCUUGACUUGUUCCAGGUCUGCAGUAACAGCAAAAAAAUAAAAAUUCAUUUCUUUA